GAGUCAGGUGAUUACUGCAGCUUCCUGUCUCGACCUGCCUCUGACAACAACACCCACCAUCAAAGAGACACCACCAUCAGUUACUGUCGGAGCGCAGACAGGCCAUUAGUGUGGAAUUACCUGAGAGUGUGUACAUUUUGUAAACAGAUAAAUGAUGUGUGGUUACAUUUUUAAAGGAUCCCUCCACAGUGACAGCUUUAUGACUGUACUAGUCUGAUAGUUAUGUGAACAUUAGCUAGCAGGCUAACUCCUGUUGCAGGCAGCUAUGUCAAAUAGUAUUCUGGCUGUUGAAAAUUAUUGAAAAUAACUUCCAGAUCCCAAAACUGAAUCUAAUCUGCGUGAACUCCCAACCUGUUCUCAUCCCAGAGGUCACACAUGGACGCUUAGUAAGACCCUUUGGCCUCGCUUUUUAACACCCUGGGUACACUUUAGCAUUGUUUUUGGACGUGUAGGGUUCUGCAGUCAAGAUAAUAAAUAUGCAACAUUCGGUUAGACUUUAAAAAUUGAACUAGUGGUUAAAAUGUUGCAGUGUAGUUAGGUUUACGCACCAAAACCGCUCGGCCGGGUUUACGCACCAAAACCGCUCGGUCGGGUUUACGCACCAAAACCGCUCGGUCGGGUUUACGCACCAAAACCGCUCGGUCGGGUUUACGCACCAAAACCGCUCGGUCGGGUUUACGCACCAAAACCGCUUGGUCAGGUUUAGCAGGUCUUAAGCUAAUGCUAAUUCUAACUUCAUAGAUUAGUUUACUGGGCGUACUGAGACAUCAUCGGCCGCAGUUAAAGAUUAAUGCGUUUUCAUUAUCAGCAGGUAUCAAACACCUGCCACAGACAUGGCUGAAAAAUAACUUCUUGUUAAUAAUGGUGAGGUCUGGAUUUUCAGAAUCUUUACAAACCAAACAAUCGAUGCAUCGAUGGAGGAUAUAAUCAGCAGAUUGAUCCAGAAUGAAAAGAAUCAUUAGCUGCAGUCUGAAACUAAACAGUUCAGAAUGAGCUCAACAACUACAGCAACAACAUCCUGCUUUACAUUAAUGAGGCGGAAAAAGAAUCAUUAUAGCCUAUAAACAUUUUAGUGCUUUGAUACUUACUGAGUACUUCCAAACCUACUGCAGGAGCAUUUUCAAUGCAGGUACAGUGUGGGAUUAGUAAAGGAUCUGUAAAUCAGUUUCAGUCUGCAGCACCCAUUUAGUGUCGGCACCUUGAAUCAGUCUGGAUUCUGUAGCUCCAGCUGUGCCGGGAGAAUCCGGAUACACAGUUUACACGCGUGUGUGUACGAGGCUUUUGUUUUGGUUUAUCACAGAUCGCUCACCUGUCGGCUGCAACAGAAAGCGUCUGUUUGGACGGUUCUCCUUCAGAAACACUUAGUGAGAUCUUUAUCAGGUCUCAGCAUCAAACACUGCUGACAUUCCUCUGUUCACCCACACACAGCCUUGUGUUCCGAUGUAGAAAUCAGCAGUGACGUCUCUUUCAGCAGGUGAUCUGUGGCACACUUUAUACCCCCGAGGGCCUCCAACACCCUCUCCAACAGAGCAGGUAAAGACCAUCAUCAGGCCUCGUGACCUAUCGCCACGUUGAAUAUCAAAUUCUUUACAUUUUCUUUAACCAUAUGAUGUCACAGAGAUUUAAAACCUAUUCUUCAAGACAGACCUGGACAAAACAGCAUAAUGACAGAGCAGAGUUACAGAUAAGAACACCAGACACACCCGCAACAACCAAAGGACAACCAACAAAGACUCUGAAGUUACACAAACAGUACAACUUUAAGACCACUUAAAGUACAGUAUGUAGGUUUAAAAGAAUUAGUUACUGCCCCACAGUUUUCUAAAAGCAUUGACAAAAAUUUACAGCUUUUAGAUCCAUGUCUUGCAUCCAGUGUUUAAAUUACCCAAAGGAAAAAAGAUUUUUCAGACGCAAGUCAGUCUGCAGUCACCAGAGUGCAGAUUAUAGGAACUGGUGUUGUGUGACAUGAUAAGAGGGGAACACACCGAGGACAGACUUAUAAAUAAAAGUAAUCAAAUGUCUGUUAUUUUGUACACAACGGUGUAGAAAGCUUUACAUCAGAAAUCUCAACACACUAUGGUAGACCGUGUCCAACAAAGAUAAACAUCGGUCAGGAGCAUUCAUAUAAAUCAGGUCACCGUAAUCAAGUACAGUGAGAAAGAGUUGCAGCAAACAAUCGCUUCCUGGUUUUCCAAAUUUGUCUGUGCAAUUUAAAAGAGAACUGAUCAUCAGUUAAAAUAUACAAGUAUUUGUACAUUUUUCUAUCUGAUCACUAUCUAUAGUAGAAACGCGUGGAAGAAUGUACAAAGACGACUUUGAUUUUGAAAAAGCAUGAGCUAAGUUUUCUCAACAUUUAAAAAUCACCUUUAAGCUGAUCAGGUGUACAUGAACAAUGCCAAAGCUGAUUGUAAAAAAGCAAAAGCUUGAUGUACAGUAGCAGCACUGCAAUAAAUAAUGCUGUCAUCAGCAUAAAAAUUCUACCAGUUAACAGUCUGAUUCUGCAAAACCCAGAAUAUCUGAUAUUGAGAAGAGAAAUAUUUGGCUCCAGCGUCUCAGUGACAUCUUGGCUACUCACCAGGCUAGUUAAUUAAACUAACUGCUUACAAGAUAGCCAGUCACAAAUUGCUGCAAUUAAAAGGGCUUUACUGGUAUGAAGGUUUCAUGAGUUGCCAAAGCACCAAAAUCUGAUUGGUCCAAAUAUUUGGACAGCACACAAUAAAAGUAAUAUAAACAAUAUCAUUAAGAUUAAUAUUAAUGAUAUCACUCAAUAACAUCCCCACCACCACACCACCUGACAUUUUGUUCAAUAAAAAGAUAUUGAAGAGGGUGAAAGAUUUUCCAGCUAACAAGCUAGCGAGUUUUUUAGCUUAGUUGCUAACAGCACACAAAAGGCUGAUUUUUACUUCUUCUUCUGCCGUAGCCGGACAUCCACCUCCCCCGAAAAUCUAACUUGCAGCGAGUCAAACCCUAAAGCUUGAUUUAUACUCCUGCUUUGGGGCAAUGCAUUUAUACUUGUGCAGCGGUAGCGCUACAGCGUCCAUUGUGUUGACUUUUUCCAGGCAAGCAGGCGAACUUCCGGUUUAGCGCUCAGCUAACGUGAAUGGGGGGAAAAUUGCCUACGUGCGGCUGGUGUAGCCUGGAUCACAUUCUGAAUCGAGUCAUUUCGCUUGGGUUGUGACGGUCAAAUAUACUGAUCCACCGUGUUACAGCAGCUGGUUUAGCUGCUAGUAAAAGUUACCUCAAAGCAUGGGGCACUUCCUGUUGGCUCGGAGGCUACCCAGCCAAUCAAUUACAGUGCUUAUGGUCCGUGUCACCUCAACAUGUAGUUACGUCACAUUUCCUCCUAUGCCUUUCCAGCUCCUCCAUCUUCUUCUGCUUGAACUGGUUCAAGGCUCGUCCAGUCCAUCUCCUCCGACGCCUUCUCUUGUUUCUGCGUUUUAGUAAUUUCACUAAAAGUAACUGCUGUUUCAACAUCGAUCAGCUCAAUUCAGCAGCCAUUAGUUCAAGAUGACUUUGACUGACAAAAAGUCUAACCAGCAUGUCUUAUGCAUCAGCUAAAGUCAGCGCUGUGAAGCGCUGCAUGAACUCAAAAGCACCUAUUGUUUGUAGCAGCCUACACCAAUGAAGAAGAAGAAGAAGAAGAAGAAUAAACUUAACACAGUGGAACAGAAAAACGCUAGUUGGCAUAAAUGGUCACGUCUACACUGGCAUCCUCAGUGUAUAACUGUAUCAGCACGUUGUCCUCUUGUCUUCCGAAUGACUCCCCGCCUCUCCGCUCUGAGUGGACGGUUAAAUUAAACUCUGUGCUAAAAAAACUUUGACCCUGUGAGAGGAUCCAGCUGCGGCAACUUCACUGGAUCAAACGGACGUUAUGGUUUUAACUGAUCCAGCCUUUCUGUCCAACACCAAAGUUGAAGUAUGGUUACAGCUGGGGAUAAAUCAGAAUAAUAAGAAUGCAUAAUUAAAAGGUGAACAUCAGUUGCAGGUCUGAGACGGGACAUGAACUCCAGUUUCAUCACUUCCUGCACCGACGCUGCUGCUGUGGCGUUCCCGGGGAAGCUGGGAGUUUGAAUCAGUGUAGAGGAACAGAGUUCAAAGGCAGGUUCAGUUUGAGUCACAAAUCCUCUGAUCAUUUAAACUGCUGCAAUCAAUACCUCUGUCUAAAUCCCUGCCACGCCCUCCACUCGCACGUCACUGUGAACAACAUUCAGUCGCUCUAUUUUCAUUAUCAAGUUUAAAAUCUGCUUCACCAAAGUCAUAAAACAGGGAUUAUGAGACGCACGAAACCUUCAUUGUAAAACUGUGAAUUUAAGAAGCAUUUUAAAAGACAAGAAAUGAUUUUAAAAAACAAACAAAUGUAAAGAAACUGAAGCCUCAUCAGAUGGGUUCAGCGCUGCGAUGUUUACUCAGACAUGAAAAGCAGGAUCAGCUCUCAUGUGAAGUGUGUGGAUCCAGCAGAGAGCAGCUAAAGCCCGAAUAAUCCAGGUUUAGAUCUGAACCUGGACCCAGUCCAGCAGGCAGAGACACGAAUGAACCCUCUGCCACCUUCUCUCUGAGAUUUCUAACCCUCAGCAAAGAUUUCAAGACUCAUUUAACCCGAGCAAGGAGUUUGUUACUGAGGGUGAAAUCACAUUUAAUCUUUUAUUAAAACCUUAAUAAUCAGAGUCCUCAGCACCCAAAGUGAAAGUUAAAGCUUCAGUGUUGAAGAAGAACUUUAGUUUAAUUUAAUUUAUAAGUAAUCUCGAGUUUGUUUUUGUAGCAGAUCAGUUUGUUGAUGCGUCACUGAGGCUGAUCACUACAGGUGAGCUCUGUGAUGUGACGCCCAUAGACUCACCUGUUCAGAGUCUGUGUGUCUCAGGUGUGUCAGCAUGUGAGGAGGAGGGCGGGUCCAACAGGUAGGAGGCGGAGCUCUGGUUCACCUGGGGAAUUCCUCUGUACUGAUCAUCAACACAUCUGAGGGAGCGAGGCAGGGAUCCAGAGAUCAGUCACUUCUUCUUCUCUUUAUCUCUCUCUCCCAUCUCUUUUCAUCUUCCUCCUUCUUCUUCUUCUGUUUCAUGUCGCUCAGUUCAGACUUCAGACACAUGAAGCUCCUUAAAACUGUCACCAAAUGCACCAGAUUUUAAUAAUUUUCACAGAUGUUCAGACCUGCGAGUCUAAAUUCAUAAAUCACUGAUAAAUUAUUAGAAAUCAGAGUAAAUCCUAAUAAAAUAACAGCGAGUCUUUAAACAGCCUCUGCAGUGUUUCAUCAUCUCUCUGAAAGGAUGAAACUGAACGGGUUGUAACUCACAUAAGAAGCAACCACUCGCUGGCUUUCUGAGAGCGCUCUGACCGCCUCUGUGCUGCGUCCUAUGUGAAGAAAUCUGUUCGCAUUUUCUGCGAAAUCGUUUCGUUUGGCUCUCGAGAAUCUCGCCUGCUGAUUCUGAACCGCUGCAGCUAACGAGUCUGCUAACACCAUAUAAUGACCGGCUCACAGCUCAACACAAACUCCACGUAAGGAUAAAAACCAACGACAAAGUUUUAUGUGCUGGCGCUCGUCAGGACAAACGAAAAUCAGAUGAUGUCGGUUAAAACACAGUCAACAUCAGAAAUGCGUUUGAUUCACAGAGAGACUCCACUUUGUUUUGGAACAAACCGACCCAGAGUCGUCUUUCAUCCUGUUGGACCGGUAAACUAAAAUUACUGCAAAGCAUCUGAAACAUAUUGUGAUUUUGUGCUUUAGUUGGCUCAAGUUGGAAAACGUUAGCUCGCCGGCUAACACAAGCAGUUGCUAAAAAUUGGUACAGUUAUAUUGUUUUCCACAUUACUUCACCAGCUAACGAUCCAUAUUACUGACCUGUGUACCAUCGGUAUUGCAACCUGUUCUCAUCUCAGGCGUCACAUAUCCACGCUUUGAGAAAGCAUAGUUAUUUUACGAGAAACGUCAAUUCGCCGUGUGUAUGAAACGCUGUAGUCCCCACAGCUCAACAUGAAUAUAUUUACUGACUUAGGUUUAGGCACAAACUUCUGUGAUGGUUAAGAUUAGGGUAAGGCGCUUCGGGUGACUGUCAACGCCUUAAAACCAAACUUUGCUAGCUAGCUAGCUACUUAGCGACCGGAAGCGCUACUAGCGUUUGUGGUCACCCCAGGGCAUCUCAUUCACAAGUCAAAGGGUACCUUUUGCGUGAAAUAACUGCGUUUUGUGAAGCGUGGGAACAUGACGCCUGGGAUGAAAACUGUCAAAGUGUUGAUUUUAGCCUGCAAGAAAGGAUGUAACGCUUCAAAGCAGACGUGGAGUGACUGGUUCAACGUGAUGUCGUGGGAUGGCGUAAAAAAAAAAAGCACUUUUAAGGACAUUUUGCGUGGCCAUUUCAAUGCAUUUUAAGCUUUUCACUUGUGAUUUAACGCUGUUUAGUACCCGCAGACUGGAGCGACACAAAGGAGGUUUACGGGUCGACAUCCAUCAGACAUCAUGAUUGGGUUACUGUAACAACGUAGCUUAUGUAACUAUCUUGUCUUUUUUUGUCUACUGAGUCAAAGUCUGGUUCAUCGCCCCCCCCCCCCAUCCGUCUCCUUAUUCCGACUUUUCUGAUUAAUUAUAUCCUACACCGGAUCUUUUCCCUGCGACAGCUGCCGCAAAAUGGCACGCCGUUUCUGCACUAUAUAAAUCAGUAGAGACAAACUGGCGUGAAAUGGCAGGUGAACAGCAAAGAAAUGCGUUGGAAUACCCUGACAAAUGACUGAAACAGGCCAUAUGGUGACACCAGGCUGAUUAGUUUCAACUAGCCUGUAGUGAUGUAAGGCAGCUAGCUAACGUUAGCUCGGACCUGCCGCUGUUUGCUUUGUAAUGUUCACUUUAGAUUUCUUGUUGUUUCACCGAUACUCAGGUGCACAACUUCUGCACCGUGUCAGUCGCUGUAACUAACAAGACCCACAUGAUAUAUAAUAGAGGCUGCUGAAAACUCCACAUGGCCCCUUUAAAUCCUCAGAACCCGUCCACAGCUCUGUGAUCAGUUUUUGAAUCUGCCGACCGCAAACAGCUGCUGGAAUAGUAAGUAAAUGUGGGAGGUGUGACGUGUAUACACACUGACCCUGCACAUCAUUUAGGUUCUGAAAGGGUUAAAAUGUUAUAGAUUGAACAUAACAACACAAAUAAUUCAUGUAGACAAACAAAUGUCAAGUUCCUCAUAAAAUAUUUAAUCUGUCGUGUUGGCUGGACGACUCCACAGACAGAAUAUGAAGUGAUUACAAUGAGCUCCACCUGCUGCAACGUUAAAGUAAUGAACACAUGAAUGCAUCAGUAAUUAGAAUCCAAUGUUGUUCAGCAAUAAAUACUUUUACUUUUAGUACUUCAAGUAUAUUUAGAUGACAAUACUUAAAUAACGGUUUUGAAGACAGACAUCAGCAUGUAGCUGCUAACAUGGCUGCUGUUUCCUCUUUGUCCUUUUAAACUCUGUUAGAUGUUAAAUUAUAUUUAUUGAUACAGAGUAUUGGAGGCUGUAGUUGGAUGAUUUGUAUUCUGAAAAGUCAAUUAAUGAGUUAAAAGUACAGAAAAUGUAAAUAAAAAACAUGUUUUUCAUCUUCAGGUGUCUCAAAGUUAAAGCUCUCUCUCUCUCUCUCUCUCUCUCCAGCUCCUCCCAGUCUUUUAUAUUUAAAUGCCGGGCGGGCGAGCCCGGCUCACCUGCAGGUAAACUCUCUCUCUCUCACAGUCGGUCUUACCUGAGCAUCAGGCAGCAGCUCUGUUUCUGAAGUCACCAGCAGAGAGGACGAGUCCUCAGAGCUGCUGGAGCUUUUUAAAAACAGACAAAAGAAGGACCCCCUGUGGAUUUCUUCUUCUUUGGUCCUGGACAUUUUGAGGAAAAGAAAAAAAUAUGUUUGAAGGAAGAAAGGUGGACGACAGGUGGACAACUGCGUCAGCCCUGAAGAACGAUGGACGGGAGAGGAAACCUUUUUAAGGUCUUUGAUUGAGAGUUUAGAAAGAAAAAGACUUAGCUUACAGGUGUGAAAUAAGGUGGACGCGACCUGGUUUCUGGUGUCUGGAUGUGUUUAAGGACAAAUGAUUGGAUGUCCCGAACAUCUGAAGGAAAAGAUCGUUGAGACAACUUCUCUGACUGGAAAGUAAAAGAAAUGUUCGAGGGAGUUUAAGAGGUUUGAUUUUUACUGGAUCAUUUUAGAGAGAGACAAAAUAAAUGUCCAAGAAAAGGACAACUGGAAACCUUCACUGAGGAGUUUGUGAAACCUUCCAGGUUCGGACGACCUGAAACAUUUCGUCUGGUCUGGCUCAAAGAGUCCAGGAAGACUUUAGAAAGUUUGUCCACAGGGACGGACACAGAGGCAUCUUUCAGUAAAAGAGGAAAGAAAAUGUCUUGAAGAAGCUCUUCCGUCAGAUACGUCUCCGUGCCGACACUGCCGACACUGGACCGUCCUGAACGUUUGGAGAUCACAGACUGAUCCAGGAUCAGAACGGCUUGAAUCACCUCUGACCUCUGACCCAGGAACUGGACCAGGAUGUUACUGUCGUCAUUGUUGUAGCAGCUGCAACAACCAAGAGGAGUGAAGGUGAACUGUCCGUCCUUCUGAAGACAUCUGAAUAAACGCCGCGUCCUGGUGCAGGUCGUCUUUCAGCCUGAAAAUGACGCUGAGUGACGCAGGUCAAGAAGCAGACCGGUGAGGUGGAAUCAAACCCACGUCAUUGACGGUACACAGGCAUGAUGUUGGCGUGUCGCUCCCUUCUGCUCACAUGGGUGCUGCUCGCCGCCAGAGUCCGAAGCCAGAGCUGGAGACCCUGUACAGACCUGCUGCCUCUUGACCUGCUGGCCAGAGCCCUGCCACGCCCGCCAGGACAAGCCCUGCCCACACAGGUGCAGAUGGUUCAGUCCAGAGGGUCCAGAGGUUUCCGAUUGGCCAGCUCUGUGGCGACAGAGCUGAGUUUCCCCGCCUCCCAAGUCUUCACCAACUGUGACUACUUCCCUGCUGAGUUCUCAUUGGUCGCCACCAUCAAGAUACCGAGACUAAGACAGAAGAGGAAUGAGUACAUCUUCUCUGUGCUGGAGGAGGGAUCUGAUUCGCUGUUGCUGGGCUUACGUGUCUCAGAGAACCGCCUCCACUUCCUGGUCACACCCCCCGGUGUUGGUGGGCGGAGCAGGCUGAGCUUUAAGGAUGUUGGACUGGAUGACAACCGCUGGCACACUGUGGUGCUGGCCGUCACCGGACCGUACGCCACGCUGACCAUCGACUGUGGACUUCCUCUGGAGCUUAAACAGGUCCAGUCGUUCCCCGGCGCCCUGAGCACCAGAGGGUCCCGGUUCUUCAUCGGCAGCAGGAGGAGGUUGAGGGGUCGCUUCUCUGGUUUACUGCGUCAGCUGGUUCUGCUUCCUGGUUCAGACGCCACGCCCAGACUGUGUCCGACCUCUGACCCCAGCCUGGCCGCGCUGUCCGUCCCUCAGGUCCUAAAGUCCACGCCUCUCCAGCCCGACCAGCGCGGACCAGUUUACCCGUACGAGGCGGAGGCCAGAGUGACUCUGGGAAAGCCUCCUCCAUGUUCGGGACCAGAAGAGGGCCAGCUGUGGUUCAACGCUCAGAGGAAAGGCCUGUUCAUCUGUGACGGACUCAGCUGGAAGACGCUGCUGCAGAACAAGGAGCGUUUGGAUUACGUGGAGGACUACCAGGACCUGUACACCAGCUCAGAGACCUUCGAUGUGGAGGUCUUCUCCAUCCCGUCUGAAGGCCUGUUCUUGGCUGCAGCCAACAGGGACUCUCGACCCGGUUCGGGUAUCUACAAAUGGAGAGACGGGUCGUUCCAGCUCUACCAGAACAUCAGCACUCAGGAGGCUCGGGCCUGGAGACACUUCACCAUCGACGGCAAGAUUUUCAUGGUGGUGGCGAACUCCAGGGAGGUGGAGCCUGAGCUGUCAGUCAUCUACAGGUGGAACCAGCGGCGGCAGCGUUUCCUCCGUCACCAAACUCUGGAGACUCACUCCGCUCUGGACUGGGAGGCCUUUCAAAUCCACAACCACAGCUUCCUGGUGGUAGCCAAUCACAGACGAGCCAGAGACUCCAACCACAACAUCCACAGUGUGAUCUACAGGUGGAACCCAAACACCAAGCUAUUUGAGGUGAACCAGACUCUGUCCACGUCCGGAGCGUAUGACUGGGAGUUCUUCUCCGUCGGGCCGUACCACUUCCUGGUGGUCGCCAACACCUUCGACGGACAGACCACCGCCAUCAGCUCCACCGUCUACGUCUGGCUGGACGGCUGCUUCCGGGUCUUUCAAAACAUCCCGACGGUGGGAGCGACAGACUGGGAGACGUUUGAGAUCGACGGCAGGUUCUUUCUGGCCGUCGCCAACAGUCAGAAGGUUUUGGGCCGCGGUCCGAGUCUCUACAGCAUCAACUCCACCGUGUACGAACUCAACACGCUCACACGGACCUUCAUCCGCUUCCAGGACAUCCUCACACACAGCGCUGUGGACUGGGAGUUCUUCACCAUCGGAGAGGAGAAGUUCUUGGUUGUGGCCAACUCUCAUGACGGCAGCUCGUACUCUCUGAACAGCGUGGUGUACAGGUGGCAGGGUUACGAGGGCUUCGUUCCGGUUCACAGUCUGCCGACGUUCGGCUGCAGAGACUGGGAGCACUUCAGCACCGACGAAGGCUCCUUCCUGGUCUACUCCAGCGCCACCUCCAGGCUCAGCAAGGUCUUCAGACUCAGGACCUACUGAAGGAAACUCCGUGCUGCAGCUGCAGAGCCUCUGAGGAGCUGCCUCUUUAGAAAGCAGAAAGUUCGACUUUACAGAGUUCCUCGCCUCCAUCCGGGGCCUCAAUCCAAUCAAAACAACUUCUUGUUUACCUCCUCCUGAGUUUAUUACAAAUAAACAUUUUGCUGUGAUUUAGUUGCAGUAAACAGAUCAAAUGAUGCCGAUUUCUUAAUAAUAUUGAGUCCUGCUUUGUCAACUCUGUCAGCAGGAUGACGAGCAAACAACCGUUAAAAUGCUUGUUUUCUGAAUGGAGUUCAGAUCGAUCAGGGCUAUGCUAACUUAUUUUACAGUUAAGUACAACGAUAUUCAGGAGAAGCGAUCACAGAGCAACUCGGUGACAGGUUGAGAAGCACGAGUGAAUCCACAAAAAUCACAAUGAAUAAUUUCAAUUAAAUAAAAGCAGUUACUCUGAGCUCCUCCGGCUGGUAAACGCCUCCGUAUAGAGCAGAAUCCGGCCGGACUGCUCGCCGUCACUCAGCAGAGUAUUUCUUUAUAUAAAAUAUGUUUUCAACUCACGGCCCGGCAGGAAUUCGCGUCUGUUGGCGUCUUUGCAUUGAGGUUGUGUGUAAUCGCCCUCGCUGUGCGCUGUGUGGACGCACCUUCACAUUCUGAGGUGCUUCACAGCUUCAGCCGGUGGAAGAAGAUCCUGCUGGCGUUUUGUUCCAGCUGCGUGCUCCUCAGGGCUCAUUUAGAUGUGCUUAUUUAAAAAGAUCAGCUCGUGUUAAGCCCUGCUGAAGGGGACGGCGCCCUCGAGUGGUCAUAGAAAACCUUUUCAAUGAGAGAAAAUGUUUUUGAAAUGAGAAGGAAGGACAAAGAAGACGCAGUAACGCCUCUGUGACAGAUUCUGCUCUGACACGCAGCUAAUAAGCUACGACAGGUGCCACAUGACGUUCCAGCCAAUCAGAGCUCAGCUCUGUCAGGACGGCUUGUCGAAGCUGAACUUGAAAACUCUUCGCACAGCAAGAUGCUCGUCCUUACAAAGGUUUAUUUAAAACCGACUGAAUUAUUUUACACAGCUUUCAAAUGGAAACAGAGUAAAAUAAAUUGGUUGGUUGAAAUUAAAUACAUUAUUAUUUAUUUUUACUGUACUGAAAGGCUUGAAGGUCACGUCGACUUUAUCACUGUAAAUUAAAACAAAUCAGGUGCAAAAUAUAAAUAAAUCUGUAUAUAGACUCCUACAAAAUAAAAUGUUAUAUUGUUUGGAAAAGUUUUCUGACAUUUUGUUACUGAAAUAAUCCUGAUGUUUUUGGAUCAAAGGAUCCCAAUCCUACUAAAAAGGUUUGAUCCAGAUCGCAGCCAGGACUGGAUCAGGUGAUCUGAUCACAUUUCAGAAUCCUUUUUUUCUUUUGAACAACCCAUUUUUCCAGAUUUGAUCCAAUCCAAUCAGAUUACUCUUGAAUCUGAUCGUCAUGUGAUGCAGCGUCUUUCUGUAAAACCAAAGAAAAGCUUUUGUCCUGCAGGUCAGCUGCUGCAGAUUAAAACUGAAAAUUAAUAUUUCUGUAUGUGGAGAUUUGUUAUGAAAUACAUUUAAUAAAGUGUGUCUGAAAUUAUUAAUGUUCAUGAGUAAGAUGAAAAAUAAAACUAUACACAUAAACAUGUGAUAUUAAUGAA